AUGGCUGAUACAGCAGCUCCAUUAACUGUUGGCGGUGAUAGAACCUCUGGACAAACUGUUCGCAAUCAAAAUGUGAUGGCUGCAUGUGCCAUUGCCAACAUUGUAAAGAGCAGUCUAGGUCCUGUUGGUCUUGAUAAGAUGUUAGUGGAUGAUAUUGGAGACAUUACAAUCACUAAUGAUGGUGCAACUAUCCUGAAGCUGUUGGAAGUAGAACAUCCAGCUGCCAAAAUCCUUGUAGAGUUGGCAGAGUUACAAGAUAAAGAAGUUGGAGAUGGUACAACCAGUGUAGUAAUUAUGGCUGGAGAGCUCUUGAAGAAUGCUGAUGAAUUGGUCAAAAGCAAAAUUCAUCCAACAACAAUUAUCAGUGGUUAUAGGUUAGCUUGCAAGGAAGCCUGUCGUUACAUUCAAGAAAAUCUGUGUGUUGGUACAGAUGAAUUGGACAGUGAAUGCAUUGUAAAUGCUGCAAAGACUAGUAUGUCUAGCAAGUUGAUUGGAGCUGAAGCUGAUUUCUUUUCCAAGAUGGUUGUAGAUGCAGUGAUGGCUGUAAAGGUGACUGAUAAUAAAGGCAACUCUCGAUAUCCAGUGAAAGCUGUCAAUGUUUUAAAGGCUCAUGGACGAAGUAGUAAAGAAAGCGUUCUUAUAAAUGGUUAUGCUUUAAAUUGCACAAUUGCUUCUAGAGCUAUGCCUAAGACUAUUGUUGGAGCCAAGAUUGCAUGCCUGGAUUUUGGCCUCAGAAAAGAAAAGAUGAAACUUGGUGUACAACUUCUAAUUGAAGAUCCUGAAAAACUUGAAGAUAUGCGGAAACGGGAAUCUGACAUUACAAAGGAGAGAAUUGAAAAGAUUUUGGCAACUGGUGCCAAUGUAAUCCUUGUUUCUGGUGGAAUAGAUGAUCUUUGCCUUAAGUAUUUUGUUGAAGCUAAGGCUAUGGCUGUAAGACGCUGUAAACAAGUUGAUUUGAAGAGAAUUGCCAAAGCAACUGGAGCUACUCUCACUAUGAAUAUGUCCAAUUUGGAUGGUGAAGAAACAUUUGAAGUAUCUCAAUUGGGACAAGCUGAACAGGUUUCUUUGGAGCGUGUCUGUGAUGAUGAACUUAUUAUCAUUAAAGGGCCCAAAGCUCAUUCUGCUUCUUCCAUUAUUCUACGUGGUGCCAAUGACUACAUGUGUGAUGAAAUGGAACGAUCAAUACAUGAUGCUAUGUGUGUGGUUAAACGUGUGCUAGAAUCUAAGUCUGUUGUUCCUGGAGGUGGAGCUGUAGAAGCUGCUCUUUCUAUAUAUUUAGAAAACUUCGCUACAUCUUUGGGUUCCCGCGAACAAUUGGCUAUUGCUGAAUUUGCUCAUUCUCUGCUUGUGAUUCCCAAACAGUUGGCAGUGAAUGCUGCACAAGACUCUACAGAAUUAGUAGCAAAGUUGCGUGCAUAUCAUAACAUGGCUCAAACAAAACCAGAACAUUUAGAUCUUAAAUGGAUUGGUUUGGAUCUCCAUGAAGGCACCGUGCGUGACAACAAGAAAGCUGGUGUACUAGAACCAGCAGUGUCCAAGAUUAAAGCUUUGAAAUUUGCGACUGAGGCUGCUAUUACAAUUCUUAGAAUUGAUGACAUGAUUAAAUUAAACCCUGAACCAAAAGAACGUGACCCUCAUGAUGACUGUUGUUGA